UAAUAGCUACCGAACAGAUAUUUAGUCAAUUGUUUGCUGGAAAAUGUUAGUUAUUUUGGACAAGGUUUCGAGUAAAACAGGAAAAUUUCAAACGCCUAUAUAAACGAAUUAAUCUAUAAAUUAAAUCAGUUACAAAAAAAAAAAAAAAAAUUGAAAAAAAAAAAUUGCCAAGGAUUCUGCAAAUUUCGUAAAAUCAUUAAAUUCGAAAUAUAAGAAAUAAAUUUACCAUUGAUCGGUCAAAUAUUACGUGAUAGAGUUACAUCCAAGAAGACGCAGAAAGGCAAGCAUUUUCUUCUAAUCUUACUCUGUGUAGCAUUGCUUGCUUAACAUCGAUUUGAGUAAAACAUGGGCAAAGAUUAUUACAAAAUUCUGGGUUUACCUAAAACGGCCACUGAUGAGGAAAUUAAGAAAGCUUAUAGGAAGCUGGCACUGCGUUACCAUCCUGAUAAGAAUAAAGCGGCCAAUGCCGAAGAGAAAUUUAAAGAAGUAGCGGAAGCGUACGAAGUGCUUGCCGAUAAAAAUAAACGCGAAAUUUACGAUAAAUAUGGUGAAGAGGGUUUGAAAAGUGGGGGCGUUCGUAAUGGUGGUAACACGAACGGAACAUUUACAUAUCAAUUUCAUGGUGAUCCCCGAGCUACGUUCGCCCAAUUUUUUGGGUCUAGCAAUCCGUUUGCUUCAUUCUUCGAUAUAAGCGAUAAUCUUUUCGAUAAGAAUGUUUUCGAUGUGGAUACGGAUCAUGAUUUUUUUGCAUCACCUUUUGCCGGUCUAGGUCCACGGCAAGGUUUAGGUGGCGCUUUUAGACCUACUUCAUUCAGAUCGCAUUCGUUUAAUGUUCACACGCCGUUCAAAAAAGAGAAGCCGCAAGAUCCGCCCGUUGAACAUGAUCUCUAUGUGAUGCUUGAGGAAAUCUAUCAUGGUUGUGUUAAAAAAAUGAAAAUCUCACGGCGUGUUCAAUUACCGGACGGUACAUCAAAAAAAGAAGAUAAAUACGUAAGCAUAUCCAUAAAGCCAGGUUGGAAGUCAGGCACAAAAGUAACGUUUCAGAAGGAAGGCGAUCAAAUACCGGGCAGAAUACCGGCCGAUAUUGUGUUCAUAAUACGUGAUAAGCCACAUGGUAUGUUUAAGCGGGAGGGCAGCGAUUUAAGAUAUACGGCCCGCUUAACAUUAAAACAGGCGCUGUGUGGAGUGGUCUUUCAAGUUCCUACCAUGUCCGGUGAUAGACUCCGUAUCAGUACUAUGCAAGAGAUUAUUAAACCUAAUACAGUAAAACGUAUACAGGGCUACGGUUUACCUUUCCCCAAAGAUACGACGCGUAAAGGUGAUUUACUGGUGGCCUUCGACAUACAAUUUCCUGAAAAAUUAACUGCCACCCAAAAAGAUAUGUUACGAGAUAUGUUAUGAUGUGUUUUUUUUUUUUUUUUUUUUUUGAGAAAAUGUUGCA